UAAACUACAUUCUUUUGCCUCAAGUCUUUGAAAGCAAGAAAAUUCAAGAUCAUCCAUGUCUGCCGCCAGCCAGAAACAAGCCUCAGCCCCGACAUCAUCAUAUUAUUCAUCACCUUAUUUCUUAAGUUCAUCCGCUAAUCCAGGAAACAUCCUCGUUUCAUGUCUGCUUAACGGAGAAAAUUAUCCAACAUGGCGUUGGGCAAUGUCGAAUGCACUUCGUGCCAUGAACAAGUUUUGCUUCGUUGAUGGAUCUUUGCCCAAGCCUAAUGCCGAAAAUCCUGACGUGAAAGUUUGGGAAAUCUGCAAUUCAAUGGUCAUAUCUUGGUUGUUUAAUUCCAUUGCCCCGGGAUUACAUGCUAGUGUUGCGUAUUUCGAAGAUGCUCAUGAUAUGUGGGAUGAUUUAGAGCAGAGAUUUUCACAAGGCAGCAAUACUCAAAGAGCAGUACAUGAACUGAAGAGGGAGAUAGCCAGAGCACGGCAAGGUAAUUCAUCUGUUGCGGCUUAUUUUGCCAAAUUGAAUGACCUAUGGGAAGAAUUAGGGACGUAUUCGAAGGUUCCAAAGUGCACUUGCGUUGCAGCCAAGGAUUUUGAUGAAGUGGAAAGAGAUCAAGUAAGAUUGCACCAAUUUCUUAUGGGUCUGAAUGAUUGUUAUAGUGAUGUUUGUUCUCAAAUUUUAAGCAUGGAGCCGUUACCAAGAUUGAACAGUGCAUAUGCCUUGGUUUGCAAGGAAGAAAAACAACAAGUGUUGAUAGCAAGCCGCGAACGCUCAAUUGAAUCAGCAGUCUCUUCUGUUGUACAAUAUUUAAAUGGGAUUCAUGGAGGGAAUACAAAGAAUGGAUUUCAAGAACAGUCCACAACCUCGAAAAGGUAUGAACAUUGCAAGUGCUUUGAGUUAGUUGGAUACCCAGCAGGUUGGCAAAGCAGGGGGAGGUUUUUGAAAGAACAUCCCACCUUGUCUAAUAUACAGGAGAAGACAGAGAGCAGCAGUGAUGAAUGCAAUGCAUCGUCAUCUUCAUCAUCUAGUUACAGGAUUGUAGAGCGGGAAGAAGUUGAAAAUAGGAUCAGCAGAGAUGGGAGGGGUCGAAGCGGAGUUGGGAAAUUCUCAAGGGAGGAGCAGCUGAUUCCUACAGAGCGAAUGGUUGCUCAUGCUUUAGGUUUGAUUCGUUUGAAAUGCUCAAGGGAUGGCUUGCUUGAGAACGCAGUGAGGGAAAGAAAUUUGACAAGGCCUAAGGCCCUUUAGUUUUCUCACCCAACUAAACUACAUCUAUCAGUUCAGUUCUAUUUCCUUUGAAAGUUAGGUCUAAAUUCAAGUCAUGGAAUGGGUAAAUGAGCAAGGGAAUAUGUAAAGAGAUGGAAGAGAACUACCUCUAUUUUGUAACCUUCGAUCAAGCUUAUUAUUCCAUGUACAUUAAAAGAAAUCAUUUUAA